AUGGCACGCCAAUUAGUUGCUCUGGCUCUUGUGUUGGUUGCCCUUGUUGCAGGUGUUUCUGCACAAGCAGUAGAUUCCCCUGCUUCAUCCCCUGAAGCCAGUGCUCCAGCUGCAGAUUCGGUUUCAAUUUCUCCAUCCUCUUCUGAAUCUCCUGAUGCAUCGAGCCCUGUUGCUGCCGAUGUGGAACCUUCAUCUCCACCUGCACCAGCUAGUGAAGCCAGCGCUGCUCCUACUCAAUCUCCCAUUUCUGCAGCACCUGAGGCUAGUGCACCAAAUGCUGCUGCCGAUUCCCCUGUUGCCGCUGGUCCAGGAGGGGUUUCAUCUGCUGCAAGCGAUGACUACUACUAA